AUGCCACCGCUUUCAAUUUCACAUGAAGAAUUCACAGGUGAAAGUACCUGUACCGUUCCAAGAAAGACCACUCGAUUUCAAGAUCAAGUAUUGAUUCAAGUUUUUCCGAUUGUUACCGAGGAUGAGAAGGAAAACUAUUGGAUAAGACCACAUGACUUUCUUCGAAUCCGACAGGACUGUAUCAACGUUGUCCAAAAGUCAAUGCAUCCACUACGAGGCGAUAAAAGCGAAUUCCGAGGGUUGGAGCACAAAACACCCAUGGGUGCCUAUCACCGAAACAGCAACAGGGCAAGAGCGAGACAAGCGGUCCUUGACGAACAAAAGUACCAAUCUGAACAAGGUGUCAAAGACCAGGAAUACAUUGCUGCACUUUACAAGACAAUAACACAUAGGUCCCGAGUUGAAGCGAGUGUCAUGGGCAUCCGCGACGAGAUGGCAGUAAGGAGGUAG